CGGGCCUCUGGUCGUUCACACCCGCAGCUGGACGCCGACCUGUUCUCAGCAUUGGCCAUGGACACCAUGGGCAGGCUACUCCUCCUGGCCGCACUGCUCCUGGCACCUGCCGAGGCCCAGCAGGCCACAGAGCGCCGCCUGAAACCCUGGCUGGUGGGCCUGACCGCAGUUGUAGGCUUCCUGUUCAUAGUCUUUGUCCUCAUGCUGGUCAACCGUGUCUGGUGCUCUAAACCCAGGCCAGAUGAUGAAGAGGUGAGAGUCAGAAUGGAGUCCACUGAGAAUGAGUACACGGAGCCAAGUAGAAUAAACAAGAAGAAGCAGAAAAAGCAGGUGGACAAGAAGGGUGGUCACAGCAACGAGGGCUUGGAGCUGGAGGAGAAGGAAUCCUCAGAUGACGAGAGAAGCAAGAAAACAGUCUUGUGAAGUCUCCUGCAGCCUGCGGGAGCUCCUGCAAACCACAGUCGCAGCCACCACGAGAAUCCAGACUAGUAUCGCCUGGAUCUCAAAACUGUCUUCAAACAAGGAAGCCAGCCCUGCCGGCCAGGUGUCCAUCUGUCACCCAACCCCGUGCACACCCUCACUGUCAGCCUGUGCCCUCUCCCUCACCUCUGCUCUCCAGCCCUCAGCCAUUCUCUGCCACAGCUAUGCCCCACUGUACCCUUCCUCUUUUCCGAUGGCCCUGAGCCCCUGAGCCCCUGUGCAGAGCUCCCAGAAGGCCUUGAGCCCUCUAGUGGAAUUUGUGUUUGGGAGGGAUGCCCUGUGGCCCGCACUUUCUCAGCCAGGGUCUCUCUUCUCUGGACUGUUCUCCCAUGGUCAUCUGGUUCUUGCUGAGGACAGUUUUCCAAGGGGGCUUUUGCUUCAUGUCAUCAGGGGAGGUGUUUUCGGGGGGAUACUUCCUUCCAGCCCCUUCACUUAAUAAAAACCCUACUGUU